CAAGCAUGUCGUCGAGCACAAGACGCGUUGUAAUCAUCACCGGAGCCGCAGAGGGCAUCGGGCGCGGCAUCGCGCUCAGGCUCGCGAAGGAUGGCUAUGACCUCGGGCUAUUUGACCUUCCCAACGCCCAAGGGAAACUCGACCAGCUCGCGGAGGCCAUCCGGAAAGAGUACGGCGUCCGGGUCGUUAACGUCUUUGGAAGUGUUGCCGCGGAGGACGAUGUCAAACGACUAGUCGAGACCGUCGUGCAAGAAUUCGGUAGCCUGUAUGCGAUGAUCGCGAAUGCAGGGAUUUCAGUCAACCGCGUCUUGCACGAGAUCUCCACAGAAGAACUGGACAGGCUCCUCAACGUGAACGUCAAAGGGACGUUCUUCUGCUACAAGUACGCCGCGAUCCAGCUCAUCAAGCAGGGCAAGGGCGGUCGCAUCCUCGGCGCCGCCUCGAUCGCAAGCAAAAAGGGAAUGGCGAUGAACUCCGUGUAUUCUGCGACGAAAUUCGCCAUCCGGGGCAUGACCCAAUCUGCGGCGAUGGACUAUGGCAAGUAUGGCAUCACGGUGAACGCGUACGCUCCCGGGGUGAUCGAGACGCCCCUCAUGGCGUACCUGGACGAGUACCACACUGCGCAGAGCGGGCAGCCGAAAGGCUCGUGGACGGCAUCGUUCAACAGUGCGAACGUCCUGGGAAGGAACGGACAGCCGGCGGACGUCGCGAACCUGGUGUCGUUCCUAGUUUCUGACGAUGCGUCGUUCAUCACUGGGCAAUCGUACCUCGUUGAUGGUGGAUUUUGCUUCGAUUAGGUACCGUCGAUGAGAAAGAGCGAGAAAAAAAGCAGGGGCUUUGUUUGGACGCUCAAGAGCGCAAAGGGAUGGUGGCGGGAGACUC